AUGUCAUACACUUCAUACUCUGAUGCGCGUAUGUCGCAUCAAUCAUCGUCCAAAUACCGCACUUCUCUGAGACCGCCUGAUCGCGAGGUUGCUCUCCGAAGGGAAAGCAUCGUCACCUCCAAAACCGAAUUAGUACUGAAGCCGCAGGGCAAUCCUGAGUCAGCCAUCGCAUACAAAGUAGUAGAUGAGGACGGAAUACCCGUAUACACUGUCACCGGUCGCAAGUACGACAAUCGUGCAUGCCGAGAAUUUCGUGAUGCAUCGGGUCUUCCUCUUUUUGACCUGCACAGAAAGGCCGCGUUUAGUAUACCCUAUAGGUGGUAUAUUACCAUGCCAGGAGCCGACGAGAGAAUCGCCGAAGCGGAACCGCGAUUGGCCGGGAGCACCAAGAGUCUCAAGUUUUCAUUUCAAAAUAUGGCCGCCAUUGAUCUCAAAACAGACACGGACAGGGAGCUGACAUUGCAAGUCGUUCGACAAGGCGAAGCUCUGGUACUUCUCGAUGUCAUCGAUGGUGACAGGAGGGUUGCAGAGAUAAACGAAAGCAUACGCCACAACGAAAGGCUAUUUCUGACGCGAGGCUCGAAACGAGGACUUCGGCAAGCCAUGGAUUUAGUUAUUGUGUCUGGGAUAGAUUCAUCAUUGGUAAGUAUCUGGAACAAUUACAAUUACUUUUCAGCAGCCAUUAAUUAA